AUGAACGCGGUGGAUUCAGCCCUGGACCCGCUGGUGUUCGACUACAUCAGCUGUUCGGUUUCCGACAUCCUCAACAACCUCUGGACCUGGGUCGCCGUCCUCACCGCCGCCGUCAGCUUCUGGAGGAUCAGAACCGCCGCCGCCACCGGGGAAGCCGCACCCAGCACUCCGCCCCGUAAUUCCUCCUCCUCCUCCAUCCUCCGUCUCACCCUCCACGUCCCCGCUCCUGCCUUUGUCCUUCGUCGCAAAACUAGCAGUGCGGCGCCGGUGCCCGAUGAAGUUCAGACGGAGGCUCCGGUGAGCACCCCGAAGACGCCGGCUUCGAGUCCGAUUGUCUGCGACGACGACGACGUGGUCACGAAGGGAAAGUUCGUGGCGUAUUAUCGAGAAGAGGUAGAGGUAGAGGAGGAGGAGGUGGUGGGCGGCGGCGAUAACGGCGGCGACGGGAGUGGGUGGUGGGAGACGGAGUUGAGGGCAUGGUUGGGAAGAGGGGAAUUGGGAUGGUACAAGUACCAGGACUUGACGGCGAUUAACGGCAACGUCGUCAGGUUGUGGGACGGCGGUAGGAGCGGAGACGGAGAGAGUUAUGAUGGCAGCAGCAAAUGCAAUCCACGCUGUUGUUUAGUUUGGUAG